AUGGCAUUUAGCUCCAAUGCUGUGCGCGAAUAUCUAUUUGACAGAGUAUCGAUUCACGGGGCGGCAGGGCGUGGCUACGGCCAAGGCGCUUCACAGUCUGUGCGAGUUUCGGGGAGUCCACUAAAUCUGCAUCAGUCACUGUUUUUACGUGCGAGAAUUACGAACGAACAGUUCCAUUGUCGACGUCGAGUGUUGGCGUACGUCGUCGUCGUCGUCAUCGUCGUCGUCGCUGCACACUGCACAGCCCCAUCUGCCAUCGUGCAAGUGCGGUCUACUGCCUCAUGA